UUGUUUCUUUUGAAUUGGUCUAGUGCACAUGGUGCCAUAGCACUCUGCUUAUGUGCUACCAAACCUUUAAAGGUCAUAGAAGUGUGCAGAACAAAUUUCAACACCAUUUGGCCGUACCUCAUGGUUUCAUUGAGGAACGCUGACUUCAUAGCACUAGACUUGGAAUUAUCCGGUCUUGGAGCACGUCAGGCUAACAGCGCGAAAAAUGUUGUGGAUCGGUAUAAAGCGUUGUCUGAAGCUGCUAGAACGCGAGGUGUUCUUUCGAUAGGAUUAGCAUUUUUCAAGAAAUCAGGAAAAAGCGAAACGAAACGUUGUUUAAAAUUUUCUUGUCAGGUGUUUAAUAUUCUUUCCAUCUGUGCUGAGCCUUUCAUUGUUGAACCAGAAGCCCUUGAAUUUCUCGCUAAACAUGCGUUUGAUUUCAAUCGCCUAAUUGACGUAGGAGUUCGUUACUAUCCUAGCACGACGUGUUCAUUACGAUCUCUCAUGACAGAGAUAUGGUCUCGCAGUGUCCCAUUGUUCUUUCAUAAUGGAUUAGUAGAUCUAGCUUUUAUUUAUCAUCAUUUUUAUUCUCCAUUACCUGAAAGUUUUGGUGAAUUCUGCAAUGCCAUUGCUGAUCUGUAUCCGUUGGAGUCACCUAUCUGUGACACAAAGUACUUAGCUGAGUAUCAAAGUCGGAUGUCUGCAUCCUUUCUCGAAUACGUGUUCCGUAAAUGUCAAAGAGACAACGUAUCAGAAGCAUUGGCGUCACGUUUUCACUUAGAAGUCGUAUUCGAUAGCACGCUAGCGAUGAUGGCACCAAUACGUGCAGCUUGUGAAACAGUCACCUGUCGGCUUCCAGAGGAUUUUCCACAUCAUCUCCGUCCUUAUGACCUUCGAGAAAAAGUUUGCGGACAAUAUUCUAGUCAUGGAUUUUGUCGCAAGCAAAGGAAGAAAGAAUGCCGCUUACUUCACGAUGUUGAUUUUGCAAUUGAUCUGGAGAAUGAACAACAGGAAAGGAAUCGAAAAAAGAGGAAAAGACGGUAUUUUUUCAAUAAAAUUUCACUUCGCUCCACUGCUACAAAAGGAAUUUUAACUGGUUUCUUAUUGAUAGGAUGUCAUCGUGCUGGUGUCGAUGCGUUUAUGACUGGUUAUGCGGCACUGUUCCAAGCUCGGGUUAGCCUCUAUCGUGAUGGAAGAUUGGAUGAACAGCACCUGAAUCGUAUUCCACUCCCAGGGAAGAGCGAGCCGUUAGUUAUUCAGCGGACUCAAUUCGCCGGAUCCUGCAAAGUACACGAGAGUCGCUUUGCUGAUAUCCAAGUGGAACGCACCAGAAAUUCUCUUCUUCGUAGCUUAACUAAAACCGAUGUGACUUCAGCUGACGGCACUUAUUUCUUUCCUGACUGUGAGUAG